AUGCUAAUUCCACUUUCUGCUAGGGAAGCUUGUUGGAGGGUGACUGGCUGUUCAUCUGCUGCUCAUGGCACGACAUUUCCUCCUUCUCGUACGGGAACCAGUCCCUGUGCGAGGGCUCGAGGGCAUGUCAUGCACUACCAAAGUCUAAAGAGACCCCAAAAAAUCCCACGGCAAAUCGCAAAUCCCAUGUUCUGUCUCGCCUACGGAUACUAUGUAAUACUGGGGGGGCUCGAAGGGAACUGCCUGUCCCGGACGAUAUGCUCCACCUGGGCAGAUUUGUCGUCCAUCUCAUCAUUCCUCCAAUUCCAUCCCGUGCACGCGAGACGGCUGUCCAAAACACACCAACCACAGACGAUACGCAGAUUACGCAGUUACGCGGCUUUCCCAGCAGUGAGGGAGGCUAGCGCGCCGCACCAGCCUCUCAGCAGCUACACACGUUUGGACAGAAAGCCUAAUGAGAUUUGCAAGCGCUCGAUCCAAGCCUCAUACAUCACUGGAAGCCCGGCAGUCUGGGAGAGAGGGACCAUCCCCAAGCACGCACACACGGCACGCCGCACACCUCACUGA